AUGGGUUACUCUAAAUUUGGACUUGGUAUCGACUAUGGUGCUAGAAUGUGGUUGUUAGGAUCAUCUGCCAAGUGCAUUGAGAGGGAGAGGAAAGCACUUGUCACCUUCAAACAUGGUCUCAAUGAUCCUUCUGGUAGACUUUCUUCUUGGAAGGGUGAUGAUUGCUGCCGAUGGAGUGGCGUCAGAUGCAACAACAUAUCCGGACAUGUCGUCAAGCUCGACCUCAGAAACUCAUUUCCAAUACCCAGCGUUGAGGAUUAUAAUUCAUUGCAGUUCUAUGAAAAGAUGACCUAUGAAUCACAAUACCAACGGUCUCUUUUGAGAGGUAACAUAAGUUCUUCUUUGCUUCAGUUGAAAUAUUUGAAUUAUUUGGACUUGAGCGUCAAUUGUUUUGAAGGAAUUCAAAUUCCUAAAUUCUUGGGUAUGUUUGAGCACUUGAAAUAUCUCAAUCUCUCUUCUUCAUUCUUUUCGGGAGAGAUUCCACCUCAUCUUGGAAAUCUAUCCAACCUGAGAUAUCUUCAUCUUGGUUUUGAUACAAUAUUCACUGCAAAUUUGGAAUGGCUCUCACAUCUCUCAUCUUUGAAAUACCUUAAAAUGGAAAACAUUGGAGUCUAUGACACUGAUUGGCUACAAUCAAUCAAUAUGCUUCCUAACCUUGUGGAGUUACACUUGCCUUCGUGUUUUCUACCGAGCCUUCCACUCUCACUCUCGUUCGUGAACUUAACUUUGCUUUCAGUCCUUGAUAUCUCUGGUAAUGUGUUUAACUCCUCAAUACCAAACUGGUUGUCUAAUCUUACGAUCCUCACGGAACUUCAUCUCAGCACAAAUCACUUCAAUGGAGCCAGUCCGAGAGAAUUUGUGAACUUCGAGUCUUUGGAAGACCUUGAUUUGUCUGACAAUGAUUUCAAAGGUCAAAUACCAAGAUUUUUUGAAAAUCUUUGCAAACUUAAAAUUUUAGACCUUUCUACAAACAAUUUCAACAGUGGGGUGGUUGAGUUUUUUGGUGGAUUCUCAGGCUGUCCAACCAAUAGCCUAGUAUCACUAAAUUUAGGGUCUAACUCUUUUGGAGGGGAACUGCCUGAUUCAAUAGGAAGAUUUAAGAAUCUUCAACAUUUGUACCUCUUUCAAAACUCCUUCUGGGGUUCAAUUCCAACAUCGAUUGGAAAUUUGUCAAACUUGCAAGAAUUGGACAUGUCCGAAAAUGAGAUGAAUGGAUCCAUUCCUUUUGGACAACUCUCAAAUCUCAUAAAACUAAAUCUCAAUUGGAAUUCAUGGGAAAGUGUUGUAACAGAAGCUCAAUUGAUAAAUCUCACAAGAUUAGAAUAUUUAUCAAUAAGAUUAGCGGACAAUGUCACAUCCUUGGUUUUCAAUGUGACAUACGAAUGGAUACCCCCUUUCAGGCUAGAGUAUCUUGAGCUAAAAAAUUGCUUAGUGGGCCCUAGAUUCCCAAUAUGGGUUCAAGUUCAAAGUGAUCUCGCUCAUGUGGUACUAAAAAAUGUUGGAAUUAUAGAUACCAUACCUGAGCAAUGGUUUUCCAUGUUAUCUUCCAAAGUCACCUAUUUGGAUGUAUCUGGCAACCAAAUAAAUGGGAAGCUACCAAUCCAUUUAGCAUAUCCAAAUCUACACUAUUUGGAUUUGAGUAAUAAUCGUUUUGAGGGUUCCCUUCCAUUAUGGUCCACUAAUGUUUCUGUGCUUUAUAUUAACAACAACUCAUUUGCGGGACCGAUUCCAUCAAAUAUUGCUGAAUUGAUGCCGCGAUUGCGUCUUUUCUAUAUGUUUGAGAAUCGUCUCAGUGGUACAAUUCCAUCAUCGAUUUGUACAAUGGAAGAUUUGGAAUAUCUUAUCCUCAGGACUAAUCAAUUAUCUGGAGAAAUACCUCAGUGCUGGAAUGAAUCACAAAAUUUAAUCUUCAUGGAUGUAGCGAGCAAUAAUCUAUCAGGUAACAUUCCAAGCUCAUUGGGUUUGUUGAGUUCUCUUAAGGUAUUAAUGUUGAGCAACAAUCAUCUACAAGGGGAAAUUCCUCCAUCCUUGCAAAAGUGCAAUUUGACAUUGAUUGAUCUUGGAGGAAACAAAUUGUCAGGAAAAUUACCUUUGUGGAUAGGAGAACGUGCCACUGCACAAAUACUUCGGUUGACAAUGGUGCAAUCUCACAAAUCUUCACACCCUAGAUCUUGCAUGCAACAACCUUUCUGGAGUUAUUCCUCAUUGUUUGGGUAA